UGCAACUUUAACGGUGUCGUUUUGAAGGAUUACAUUACAAUCUUGAAAUUCUAGAUUUCACUCAUCGAUCGUCUUACACAGGUUAACAGAGGUCCUUUUGUGGGAGCUAAAGUUGUGGGUGGGAUAUUGAGUUGUGUUUAUUUGGAAAGUAAACAUGCCUGCGCUAAAGGUUGAAACUGGUCACCAAGAUGUUGUUCAUGACGUGGCAAUGGAUUAUUAUGGUAAACGUCUUGCUACAGCAUCUUCAGACAACACUAUCAAAAUAAUCGGAGUUAGCAGUUCAGGGUCUCAGCAUCUGGCAACUUUAACCGGUCACCAAGGACCUGUGUGGCAAGCAUCUUGGGCCCAUCCGAAGUUCGGUUCUCUCCUAGCUUCAUGUUCUUAUGAUGGAAAAGUUAUACUCUGGAAGGAGGGUAAUCAAAAUGAAUGGACCCAGGCUCAUGUUUUUGACGAUCAUAAAGCCUCUGUCAAUUCCAUUGCAUGGGCUCCUCAUGAACUGGGGCUUUGUCUGGCAUGUGGAUCCUCAGAUGGAAACAUCUCAGUUUACACUGCUAGAUCUGAUGGUGGAUGGGAUAAAUCUCGAAUUGACCAGGCUCAUCCCGUUGGUGUCACCUCUGUCUCUUGGGCCCCCUCAACGGCCCCUGGGGCUCUUGUGGGUUCUGGUCUACUCACUGCUGUUCAGAAGUUAGCAUCCGGUGGCUGUGAUAACACAGUGAAAGUGUGGAAGCUCGACAACGGAACAUGGAGGAUGGACUGCUUCCCUGCUCUUCAUAUGCAUACUGAUUGGGUCAGGGAUGUCGCUUGGGCUCCGAAUUUGGGACUUCCAAAGUCCACCAUUGCAAGUGCUUCGGAAGAUGGAAAAGUUAUAACAUGGGUCGCGGUCAAGGACGGUGAUCAAUGGGAAGGGAAAGUUCUGAAUGAUUUUGGAGCUCCCGUGUGGAAGGUGUCGUGGUCACUCACAGGGAACAUCCUUGCUGUCGCUGAUGGUAAAAACAACGUAACGCUGUGGAAAGAAGAGGUAGACGGAGAAUGGCAGCAGGUGACUAGAGUUGAAUGAUAAAUCUAGUUCUUCUCAUAUCCUCUCCAGGUACAGAGGAUCUUGAGACUGCUUUGCUCUCUAACUAUUACUACUAUGUUACAGUUUAAUUUGAAUUAACCUGUUGGAAAACUAUAUGAUAGUAACUGAUGAUAUCUACAUUUGCAUUUGAAUUUGAUUUAUGGACAAAAUAAUUACUAUGUUUGAUUGUUA